UCCUUAAACUUGAAUGCUGAACAAAUGUUGGACACAUUUAUUCACAUCAAUGUUUAUAAACGAUUACAUGAAAAAUCAGCAUACACUAACUAUCAUAGAUUCUUGCAUCAAUCAUUCAGUGAGGGUUCCUUUUUAUUGCUUUUUCUUAAACACGCAAGUGUGAAGUUUUUUUUUCUGAACCUUUACUACAAAAAAUAAUAAACAGAUAUUAAUUUCAUUCAGAUUCAAACAACCAUGAAGGAAAAACAUCAACGACAAACUCCAAUAUCAUCAUCUUAUACGAAUCCGACUUUCGAAUCAAUAUCGAUCAAUAAUAACGAGAAACCGAAAUUACCGGCAAUAAAUGAUGUUUCGAUUGUAUGGAAAAAUCUUCGCUAUGAAAUUGCAAAUAAUGUGUUGGGUUUCGAUUGUUGUGGUGAUCGACAAAUUAUUAUUAAUCGUUUGAAUGGCCAUUUACAUUUUAAUAGCUUGAAUGGGUUUCUUGGCCCAAGUGGUGCUGGCAAAACUACAUUAUUGAAUUGUCUGAAUGGUGCAUUAUAUUCAGGUUUAAGUGAAGAUUCGGAAAUUUAUUUUGGAGAAUCAUCAAGUCGCUCAAUUCGUUUCAUUCAACAACACGUACAUGAAACAAUUAUUGGUCGUAUGACAGUUCGCCAAGUAUUGUACUAUGCAUUUUGUUUCAAAAAUCCUGGACAAAAAAAUCGAUUCUGUCAACAUACACAAGCUGUCUUGAAAGAAUUACUUCUAGAUGAAACUAUAUUGGAUAAUACAUUUGAAAAUUGUUCCGGUGGUGAACAACGUCGUAUCGCCAUUGCACAAGAAUUAAUGUCACUCAAUAAACCAACAUUUUUAUUUAUUGAUGAACCGACUACUGGUUUGGAUAGUCAUGCAGCAUUGUUGGUUAUGCAAUGUCUUCGACGAUUAAUAAUCAAAAGUCGAAUGACAAUUUUAUGUUCGAUUCAUGCACCUAGUUCGGAAAUAAUGGCCUUAUUUGACAAAAUAUAUAUUCUGGCUAAAGGUGGUGUAUGCAUUUAUUCCGAUUCACCAGAAAAUCUUCGCCCAAAGCUCAAACAAACAAUCGUUGAUCCUGAGAUUGUACAAAUGCUGGAAGAUUUGGAACAGCCACCUGUUGAAGUUUACCUAAAAAUUGCUUGUCAAGGUAUUAAUGAUAAGAAUGUACGACUGUUGGCAAAUAAAACUUUGCUUGAAGAACAAGAGCAAAUGGGUAAUGAGAAAUUUUCAUUUACAACGUUACAAUUUAUGCAGAAAGGUGUCAAAAAUGAUCAUCAAAUAUUUUCCCUCACUGAUUUUUAUCUGCAAUUAUGUCGAAUGUUUAAUAUUGUAUUCAUUGCCGAAUAUCGAACGUUAAUUUUUCAGGCAGCAUUCUAUGCGUUUAUUUUUCUAAUUACGGCUUCAUUGUUUGAUCAACGAAUGGUUCAGGCAGAAACUUGUUAUACAUUGAAUAUGGAUGAAGAAUCAAUGCAUAAUUUUACUUGUCGUGAUCGUUUAAAUGCCCAGUUUUUUAGUGAUCAAUAUAAGAUUUAUCAAGCUUAUAUGAUUGCAAUUAUUGGCAUGGGCAUUAUAUGCAUAUCGAGCAUUUCAUUCAUACCAAUUUUAAAAGUUUUCAAUAAUGAACAUCGUAAUCAAUGGUAUAGUAUGGGUGUUUUCUAUUGGUCAUUUGUCAUUGUUCGUCUUGUUGAAAUAACCAUAAUGGCUGUUUAUAUGACUGCAUCAAUCUAUUUCUUUGUCGAUCAUAGCUAUGUGGAUGAAAAUCGUAUCAAUUGGUUUCGAUUUGGACAUUUUGUAUAUUUUAUCUGGAUAUAUGCCAUAUAUCUACAAAGUAGUGGACAUAUUCUCAGCUUAUUAUCAUUGGGAUAUUUAGAAGUGGCUAUUCUUGGUGGUCUUACGGUUAUGAACGCUAUGACAUUCUGUACCGGUUAUAUGUUCUUUUUUGAACACGGUAACUCGGUGCUAGAAAUUAUGUCAGAAAUUAUACCAAUCAAACCGAUAACAAAUGGAUUGAUCUAUGCCUUUUAUGGAAUAGAUCGAUGCGAUCAAGAAACAGAAACAUCAUUUGUUUUAGAAGAUUUCGGUACCAAUCCAUUGACCGUAUAUAACGAAUUACAAAGAACGCUCAUCAUUAUUGCCUAUAUUCGUAUUGUAACAUUUUUGAUAAUGAUUAUUCGUUUCAGCUUGCGAAUUCAUCGAAAAACAUUCAUCCAAUCUAAUCAUGAUGCCGAUUUGUUGCCUAUAUAUUAUUCGGAGAUUUUUGAUUCACCUAAAAAACUUGAAAUUGAUAUGGAUAGAAUAUCUCGUACUAAAAAUGAUGAUGAAAUUGAAUUUGAAAAUUUUUCACGUGAAAAAAUUAUGAUUGCAUGGCGAUCGGUUACAUUAUUUGCAUCAAAAUCCAUUCAUGAAAUUCGAUCAGUUCAGGAUAUUCACGAAUCGAAACUAAUUCUUCGUGAUUUAAACGGACAAUUCCGAUUUGGUACAUUAAAUGCUUUAAUGGGACCAUCUGGUGCUGGGAAAACGUCACUGUUAAAAGUGUUGAAUGGUCGAUCAAAGACUCGAUUGAAUGUUGAAAGUGAAUUUUAUCUAAGCAAAUUCACACCAACAAAAACCUGUUAUAUCACACAAGAAGUUUCUGGUCAUCUGAUGCCCGGAAUGACAGCCAAACAAUUAUUGAUUUUUGCUUCACGACUGAAAAAUGUUUCCGAAGGAAAACACGUGGAUCAUGAAAGUAUUUCAUUGAAUAUCCUGAAUGAAUUAGAUCUUUAUGAAGCCAGAGACACGAUGGUCGAUCGAUGUUCUGGUGGUCAGCGAAAACGUCUAGCUUUAGGCAUUGAAUUAACAUCUUUACGAAUGCCAAAUCUGAUCUGUAUUGAUGAACCUACUAGUGGAUUGGAUUCAAAUUCAUCCGUAGUCGUCACAGCUUGUUUACGAAAAUUGGCACGUUUACAUAAUCUCUGCAUUAUUACCUCCAUUCAUCAACCGAAUACUGAUGUCUUAAUGAUGUUUGAUGAUGUUUAUGUUCUAGCCAAAGGUGGUGUUUGUGUCUAUUCCGGACAUCCAAAUGAAAUACGGCAACAUUUAUCACAACAUUCAGCCAGCAAUGAUGUUCAUAAAGAUUUGUUUCCCAUUGAAGAAUUAAUAAAAUAUUCUUGUCUCGACCACAAUAAUUUUCAGGUAAAAAAUCUAGUACAAGCAACUAAGACAAAAAUUCUUGACAAAAAUUCUUACAACCUGAAUGAAGAAACACAAUUGGUAUUGGAUGGCAUACCAAAUAAUCGUGUACGAUUCUCAAUACAUUCGAUUUGGAUAUUAAUCAUUCGUUAUUGUUAUUUUAUUCGUGGAUUCCAAUGGAUACAUUUAUUAAUCUUUCCAUUAUGUUUAUUGAUUGAUGGUUUAAUUAUGGGCCUCAUAUUUGAUCCUAAGAUUGCUUUGCCUUCAGGUUGUAUCAAUCUUGAAGAUGAUUUUAAUAAUACUUGUGCUCGUACUGAACAACAACUAACAGAUGAAUCGGAUUUACGAACAAAUUUCGCCUAUACUGUUACUCAUUUGAAUAUGUUUCUCAAUUUGAUUAUGCUUCAGAGUGCUUUAAUGUUCUCCAAAGAUUUCGUUUAUUUUCUUAAUGAACAUCGUAAUGGCUGGUAUAGCACUGGUGCAUUUUAUGUGAUGAAAAUUUCCAUAGAAAUAUUGCCCUUGUUUUUGAUAGCUUUUCUAUUUGCUUAUGAAAUUAAUAUCUAUGAAGUCGUUCGUCCACGUAUCUACUUUUGGAUUGUCGCCUUAUUCAUAUUGGGUGCAAUGGCUUUACAAGGUGCUGGAUAUUUAUUAUCAAUUUUAGCUACCGGUGAUUUCACUACACUUAUAACUUAUUUUGUUGGUUUAAGUACUUUUGCCGUAAUGCUUAGCAAUUCAACAUCACCUGUACAUCGUUUGCAUUAUAUUUACCAGUUCCUAUCUUGUUUAUCACCAUUUCGUUUCGUAUUUGAAGCUUUAAUUUUGUUAGAAUAUGGAUUUGGUCGAUGUGGUCGAAAACAAAUACAAGUCAUAUUGUAUAAAUUACAUCUAACCCAUGAAGAAGAUGAUUUAUUUUUUUCUAUACUAAUGCUGGUUGUCAAUAUCAUCGUCUAUCGUUUACUAGCAUUUUUAGUAUUAUGGAUCAAAUCUAAUCCUUAUCAAAAUCGACGAACUCGUGCUGAUCGUAUAUUAUAUCAUCAUGGGACAUUAGCACCAUCAAAUGCUACAAUACCAGGAUUGUCUUGUCAUAAUGAAUUUACUAUACAUCAAAUAUCCAUAUGAGCCAUACA